UUCAAGCGCCGAGUAACUUGCUUAGCCCAGAGAGCGAGAGAGUCAAAAAGUUACUGCGACCAACAGAGAGAGAGAGAGAGAGAGUAAAAACAAGAUUACCGCCGGUGAAAAAAUGUCGUCGGAGUUACAGUUACCCCCAGGCUUCCGGUUCCACCCCACCGACGAGGAGCUCGUGAAGCACUACCUCUGCCGCAAAUGUCUGUCCCAACCAAUCUCGGUUCCGAUAAUUGCCGAAAUCGAUCUCUAUAAAUACGACCCCUGGGAGCUCCCUGGUUUGGCUUUGUAUGGAGAGAAAGAGUGGUAUUUCUUUUCACCAAGGGACCGGAAAUACCCAAACGGUUCAAGGCCGAACCGGGCGGCCGGGAGCGGGUACUGGAAGGCGACCGGAGCCGAUAAGCCGAUUGGGCUUCCAAAACCGGUCGGGAUUAAAAAGGCUCUGGUGUUCUACGCCGGAAAAGCACCGAGGGGAGAGAAGACCAAUUGGAUCAUGCACGAGUAUCGCCUCGCCGACGUGGAUCGAACACCGCGCAAGAAAAACAGCUUGAGGCUGGACGAUUGGGUUCUGUGCCGCAUAUACAACAAGAAAGGCACGGCGGGGAAGGUACAGCCGCCGAUGAGUCAGCAGGCGAUCAGCGGCGGCUCGGAGUUCGAGGACGUGAAGCCGAAGAAUCUGAUGGCGUGCGCACUCCCUCCACCAGCGGCGGUGGCGCCCACGCGCCCGAGUGAGUACGUGUACUUGGAGAAUUCCGACUCGGUGCCGAGGCUGCACACGGACUCGAGCUGCUCGGAGCAUGUGGUGUCCCCGGAGUUCACGAGCGAGGUGCAGAGCGAGCCCAAGUGGAAGGAGUGGGAGAGAGCCCUUGAUUUUCCGUAUAAUUACGAGGAUGCCACUAUGGGAAAUGGUUUCGGCGCGCAGUUCCAGGGCGGGAAUCAGAUGUCGCCGCUUCAGGACAUCUUCAUGUUCCUGCAGAAGCCGUAUUGAUUUGGACGGUUGGAUUUGAAUGGGGGCCCGACGCACUUUGGUGGAUCAGACGGCGACAGGAGACCCAAGUCAAUGAGUGUGCCUUCUGCGAGUUCUAGUGCGUUCGAUUUGACGUUAAGAGUUCGAUGGUACUGUGGGGGUUUUACUUGUGUGUCCAGCAUUUGGAUCCAGGAGUGAAUCUGGGCCGUUGAUGUCGGGUGGGGGAAGUUCCAGUGUAGGUGGUUAAUAAAAUCUUAGUAUGUGUGCAGCAUGUACAUAUAGAUAUAGAUGUUGUCACAUAGAUGAUUUUGAAGGUGGUUUUUAUAAAUUCGGAUAUUUGUUUCUAUCUAUCUAUCCCGAUUUCCAUAUAAUAGUGAAGUUAAAUCUCUUUGAUUCUC